GUGAAAAAGCAAGCAUGAAGUUUUCAAGCUUUUAUUGUUUUCUUCUGCUUCUCAUUUUUCAAACUGACUUUGGACAAAAUGAAGAAACUUCUAGGAAGGAAAGAAGGAAGAUGUAUUAUAGAAGACAGAGAAAAAGUUCCUCGCCCAUCCACAGAUCCAGUAGACAGCUUGGAAUUAAGCAAAUGAGGAUAGUUACACCAGCAGCAACACUUCCCAUGGUUAACUUGGAUUAUAGUACGGAGGAAAAGUUUGAAUCCUUUUUAAGAUUUCCUGGAGUAGAAUCAAGCUAUAAUGUGUUACCAGGAAAGAAAGGACACUGUUUGGCAAAUGGGAUGACCAUGUAUAACAAAGCUGUAUGGUCUCCUGAGCCCUGCACUACCUGCCUCUGCUCAAAUGGAAGAGUCCUUUGUGAUGAGACCAAGUGCCACCCUCAGAUGUGCCCCCAAACAGUUAUACCUGAAGGAGAAUGCUGCCCCGUCUGCUCUGAUACUGUAGCCUCCUAUUUGCUACUCAGUAGUAUAGCAUUAAAUGACAGAACUGAAUUUUCUGGUGAUUCUUCAGAACAAAGAGAACAUACCAGUUUACUUCAUAAGCAACAGCCGUCUCCUUGGGUGGAAAUGCAUCCAGCACUGAGAAAAGAGGAACUUCAAUUUGAGGAGGAUGAAGAAGAAAUUAAACAAGAUGAAGAUAGGGAGCAAAAGGAAAAGAUCCCUAGACCUGGAGAUUGGGGGAGACCUCCCAAUGAGGGACAGAGCAGAGAAGGGGGAGAGCAGAGACCUGGAGAGGAGGGGAGGCAGGCCCAUCAACACAGAAACCCAGCAAGGGAGAAUGAGGAUGAGGAUGAGGAUGAGGACGAGGACGAGGAUGACGAUGACACCGUCAGAGGAGAUAUGUUCAGGAUGCCCUCUCAACUCCCAAUCCCAGCUACCCCCAGAGGCAUACCACCUCUGCCAAGCAGGUGCUCUCUGUCAUACAAAACCAUUUCCUGUAUCAGCGCCGACCUCACACAAAUACCACCGCUAACAGCACCAGAGAUAACAAGUCUGGAGCUCAUAGGCAAUUCUAUCACCUCCAUUCCGGAUGAAGCAUUUAAUGGAUUACCGAAUUUGGAAAGGCUUGAUCUGAGCAAAAAUAAUGUCACCUCUUCAGGCAUAGGUCCAAAAGCAUUCAAGCUUCUAAAGAAUUUAAUGCGCCUGAAUAUGGAUGGAAACAAUUUGGUAGCGAUUCCUUCAGAACUACCAUCUACAUUAGAAGAACUUAAAAUCAAUGAGAACAAUCUUCAGGUUAUUGAUGAAGAAAGUUUAUCAGACUUAAAUCAAUUGGUCACCUUAGAAUUGGAAGGAAACAGUCUCAGUGAAACCAAUGUCAAUUCUUUAGCUUUCAAACCUUUGAAGAGCCUAUCCUACCUGCGUCUGGGAAGAAAUAAAUUUAGAAUUAUACCACAGGGUCUUCCUGCUUCUAUUGAGGAAUUAUACCUAGAAAAUAACCAAAUUGAAGAAAUAACUGAAAUUUCUUUUAAUCAUACCAGAAAGAUCAAUGUCAUUGUACUACGUUAUAAUAAAAUUGAAGAAAAUAGAAUUGCUCCUUUAGCCUGGAUAAAUCAAGAAAAUCUAGAAUCAAUUGACCUCUCCUACAACAAGCUCUACCACGUCCCCUCCUAUCUACCCAAGUCGCUGCUGCACCUUGUGCUCAUCGGCAACCAGAUUGAGCGCAUCCCUGGCUUUGUGUUUGGCCACAUGGAACCAGGCCUGGAAUACCUGUACCUGUCAUUUAAUAAACUUGUGGAUGAUGGCAUAGACCGAGUUUCCUUCUAUGGGGCUUAUCAUUCUCUGCGAGAGCUGUUUCUGGAUCAUAAUGAAUUAAAAUCUAUACCACCUGGGGUACAAGAAAUGAAAGCACUAUAUUUUCUGAGAUUGAACAACAACAAGAUACGGAAUAUUCUUCCAGAACAAAUUUGCAAUUCUGAAGAAGAUGGUGAUUCAACCCUGGAACAUCUUCAUCUUGAAAACAACUAUAUUAAAACAAGAGAAAUAUCAUCCUACGCAUUUUCAUGCAUAAGAUCAUAUUCAAGUGUUGUUCUUAAACCACAAAAUAUCAAGUAAUUCCACAUUUUUCUUUGUUAUUUGUAAAUUAUACUCACAUAUCUGUUUCAGUAGCAUCUUUCAUCAAUGAGAGAGAUAUAAUGUCAUGUUAUACUUAGUAUCAUUAUGCUAGCCAACCUGAUUCGCCAAUGCACAGAAGAACAACCAAAGACAUAUCUACAAGGUUUAGUCUUCUAGCAGUUUUAGUGAAGGUUUCAGUUUUACACUCUAGAAAGAAGCCAUCUCAUUGCAAAGUUUUCUCAUGAGAAUAGGAUGUUGUGUGCUACUGAACUAGACUGGGAGAAUCUAGAACAAAAUAAGCAUGUCCUUUACAACAGAUCUUAGUAUUGCUAUUAGCUAAGAACUCCCUAAGUCCUUUUAAAAAUUAUGUAUAUUAUGGUUCAAGACCAAGAAGUUGAUAACAGGAAAAAAUAAUAGGUAGAAUUUAUGAACUAGUGUUCUGUUUAUUAUUCUACUGUUAAAGCAAUAAUUUAUUAAUUUUCUAUAAGACCCUAUGAUACAAUUACUGGUAUAAAUAAACUUAAUUAUUGUCUUAGCUUUAGUUCCUUCUAUUAAUUACACGUGUGGAACUAAAACACUACUAUAAAGUUAAUUUCCUGGUUUUGAGAAUUGUACUAUGGCUAAGUAUGUGGUUAUUAACAUUAGGGGAAGCUGGGUGAAGGGUAUAUGUGAAUUCUAUAUGAUUUUUGUAAUUUUUCUGUAAGUCUAAAAUUUCUCUGUAAGUCUAAAAAGUUUAACAGUAUUUUAAGAUCACCCUCAUUAUUCUUUGCUCAAGAUCAAAAGAUUUUAUGGGAAGCAGUGGAGUUUGCUUAAAAUAUAUGUUAAUUUUCCUUGACUAAACCUUGUAAAUGUAAACCUAAUGCAUAAAUUUAAAAAAAUUUUUGCUCCUCUGGUCAUUGUUAGUACCUCUUUUCUUUGUCCUAAUUUGCUCAAAUGUAUCCUUUUACUCAGUUCAAUUUAACAUAAAGCUAUUAGUAUUCACUAUAUA